AAAAAUAAAUAUAAUUUUUUUGUAAUGGCUCAAUUAGACAAAAUUGUGGCAUCAUAUUGCGUGACUGCACAAUAUCCGGAAUUAUUAUCUUCUAGAAUACUUGAUUCCUCAAAAACUUCUGUUAGUGUUCAGUCUGUUUGGACACAAAAGGUUUUGGAAAGGCAAGCAGAGAUCAGGUUCCGGCAAACUGUCUUUUCAGAUUAUAAGACUUAUACCUCAACAUCACCACCAACUGAUAUAACAAACGAGUUGAUAAGUGCACACUCAAAAUCAAACAAGUAUUUUUGUGUGGUCAGAGAAGUGGAAUCUGAAAAGGGAAUCAAACAACAGUACUUAGAGGUAUGGUCUGAUUGUUCUCUGGUGAAAAAUUAUGAUUUGAGCGCUUUAGAUGUGCACGGAAAAAUUUAUGCUGAUGCUGAAUUUGGAACUUUAGAGUGGUCUCCCGAUGAAACAAAAAUUGUUUAUAUCGCUGAAAAAAAAGUCCCCAAGUCUGAACCGUUUUAUAAACAAAAAUCUAAAGCAUCUGCUGAUAAAGAAGGUGUUAACAAUGACACUGUGCCGGGUAAAGAAUAUGAUUGGAGCCAAGAUUGGGGUGAACAGUUGGUUGGAAAAAUUACUCCUGUGUUGGUUGUGUGUGAUAUAAAAACAGAUAGUAUUAAUGUUCUUCCAAAUAUUCCAAAUGAUGUUAAUCCUGCAACUGCAACAUGGACACCUGAUGGAAAAGGAGUUGUGGCAAUUGGACAUUCAAUCACACCUCGUAAAUUAGGUUUAAUUUACUGUAAUAAUAGUCCUAGUCAUGUGUUUUCUCUCACAUUAGAUGGACAAUAUGAUAUGUUGAGUUCUGAUUCAAAACAAUUGUGUGUGAGAUAUCCUAGGUUCAAUUUGAAUGGUACAAAGCUUGUAUGGUUAGAACGCUUAGCAGGUGGACCACAUAGUUCAUGUUUUAAAUUGAUGUGUUGUAAUUGGUCUACAAAAGAGAUUAAUACGGUUGUUGAUUUUGACAAUAAAAUACUUCAAUUUAACAAUGAAAAUUUACCAUUCUAUGGCCUUUAUGAUCAGGCAAUACCAAACAGAAGUUGGUUGAAUGAUGAUAAAACUAUUGUAUUGAGCACUCCUCAAGGUGGUUCGAUACAUACAUUCGCUAUUGACACCGAGUCCAAAUAUAUUCGUUAUCUUCCAAUCACCAAACCGUUUCAUGAAAGUGUUAGUGUGAUAGAUGUUCUCAAUGAUGUUUUAAUUUGUUAUAAAUCAUCGCUUAAUAAACCUGGACAACUAUUUGCUAUCAAAAUACCUUCUAUACUCGAAGGAUAUGAUUUUACUAAUAUUUCUAUUCAUGAAAUUUCGCCAUCUCGAAGUCUCCCUAAUUGUGAUAACUUUGUUGUUGACCAUGGUUAUACUCUUUACAAUAAACCUACUACAAUUUACUAUGGACCAAAAAAUAAUAAUUGUCCUUUGAUUAUAUGGCCUCAUGGUGGACCUCAUUUAUCAUCUUUAGAAUCUUUUAGAGCGGAUAUUGCAUUCUUUGUUCAGAUAGGUUUUGCUGUGUUAUUAGUCAAUUUUAGAGGAUCGGCAGGAUUAGGUAAAGAUUAUGUAGAAUCAUUACUUGGUAAAAUAGGUGAUGCUGAUGUUAAAGACAUCUAUAAUGCAGUAAAAUCUAACCCUUUGUGGUCUAAUAGAGAAUUGGUGUUAUUUGGUGGUUCACACGGUGGAUUUUUGGUUACACAUUUAAGUGGACAAUAUCCAUCUGCAUUUAAAGCAAUAUGUGCAUUGAAUCCUGUUACCGAUUUGAUUUCUAUGUUUGGGAUAACUGAUACUCCUGAUUGGGUUAUUACUGAAGCUGGCUAUAAUUUUUCUGAAGUAGAUAGUUUGGCAAAUUCUGAAGAAAUUUUAUUGAAAUUAGCAGAUUGUUCGCCAUGUAAAAAUGCUCACAAAGUUCAAGCUCCUACACUUUUAUUGCUUGGUGAAAAAGACUUACGUGUUCCCUCUUCUCAAGGUCUGGCUUAUUACCAUCUUCUUAAGAAGCACGGUGUUAAAGCUAGAGUGUUGAUGUACAAUGAUUAUCAUCCAUUAAGUACUGUUACCGCUGACAUGGAUAGUUUAAUAAAUGCGGCAUUAUGGUUUAUCAAAUAUUUAAACAUUGAUUCUGAAAAAUAAAUUAACUAAA